GUGGCGGCGAACAGAUUUUGCGAAAUCGUCGGCUUCCGGCCGCCUCUCGGCUGCCACCCGGCCACAGCAGACGCGCGACGAGCAUUUCUGCGCCCCCUGCGCUCCUGUGGCCCAGCCGCCGUUGGGCCGCACUUUUUGCACCGAGUCCUGCGAGCCUCGCACCGCCGAUUACACUUCUCGGGCAUCCUUUGUAUGCCGCCAUCUGCUUGUCCUUUCGUGUGUGCGUUGCCACCCUCCACUUCGGGAGAAGCGUCCGGUAGCCUCGUUGUCCUCGUCGCCUCUUGCGUCCAACAUUCUGGCAGCGGAACGAAGGAUCACUCGCGUGUGUGUGUGGGCGUUGUGUGCGUGCGAAUCGGUGUUAAACGCGGAAGACUUCGCGUCUCCGCGGUGAUCGUCCCUGUGUCCGACGGUGCCACGCCGUGCUUCGCUCGUUCAACGGUCAGCCCGCGCGUUGUGGACAACGGGCGAAGCCUGCGACCAAGUGAGAUGAACUAUCUCCGUACUGCGUGGAGAUGCAUUGCAUCUGUACUUGCGAUGGUGAAAUGGUAAAUGCAACCACCUCGAGUUCUACCAGACCAACGGCUGAAAAGACCAUGACGCGCACGUGUGAUCGUCUGUAUACGUUCUCUUGCUGUGCCGUUCCCAUUUCAAAAUCGACGUCGCUUACUGCACGCGUACGAAGCUUCCACCUGAAACUAAGCAAGAAGUGAACAAUUAAUCGCCCACAGUCGCUAAUAAUUGGUUCAGGUUGCGGUGGACUUAGAGCCGGGAGCUAGCAGCGCAUCAGAUAUGGUGAUAUUGUCUCGAACGUGGCGACUAGGCUGUGUAGAUUCAGAAGGGCUCAACGAUGAUUUUCUCUCACAAACCGUUACAUGUCGUGGCUUUUUCUUCUCUUUUUUCUUUUUUUCGUAGAGCUCUCUCGCUUUAACUUGGGCUGACUUACACGGCUGAUGUAGUGUCGCCCAUUUUUGUUAACACUGUAAACUUGUAUGCAGACGCCGCAAAGCUUCUCAUUUGUCGCCUCCCGACUUUCCCGUGACAAACCGUCAGAGUUUGCCACCUGUAUAGAGCGGGCUUUAGUGCAAAUAAGUCGGUCACCAGUAAUUGAAUGCUGAGUGCGCUAAAUGUUACGCAACUUCCUUUGUACUCCACAAAAAGAGCCGUUAUAAUUAGAAUAUUCAUACAUAGUAGCGCUAACCGGGAUAUGCUGGUUGAAUUAAGCUCAGAACUUGAAUCGUGCCUGUUCAAUGAGAGUUCGAAGAGGCAUCUAAAAUAGCCACGAAUUCUACAAGAUUAAUCGUGUUAAUCACUUCAUUCUAUUUUACAUGCCUUAGUAAAGGGGGACCUCUUUUUCUAUUGUUUAGGAAAAUACCCAAGGCAGUAAUCUCAAGCAAUGCGACCAUAAGGUUGUUCCGGCUUUUCUAUAUAAACAGUCUGCGACUUCCUUGAGGCUGUGUUAUGCAUCUGCCGCAACCUUUGGCACAGUGUAUAUCGCGAGUGCGCUGGAAGCGACUUGGCCGGCCGACGUUCGCGGUGACGUCAUUUUACAGCUCGCCCAAGGUAACCGCAAAGACGGGAAUAUCUGAGAUGCUCGACAGCCGCCAGGAAGCCGCGUAGGACGUCGCCAGACUUUGCGGUACAAGUUCAUCAGGACACGGCGUCCUUGCCUCUUCGCGUCGGACGCUCGCCGACUCCCGCUGCGACGAAUUUGUAGCGCGUCGACUCGUCGACCCCGCCGCGAACGAACGCCGUACGUGAACGGCGUGCGGUAUCGACGGAGGUGCCAGCUUAUUUUCUCCUCCGAAUGCGAGUGCUGACAGCGGAGUGCUUCACGGGCGCUCCGUUUCUCGAGUGUGAGGACGUUCAAGUCGACGGAGAAGGAUCGAGGUGCAGAAGCAGACGACACGAGGCACGUCGUCUGCUCGCGAACAUGUCCUUGCAACAGUGGAGACAUUCGAUCGCGGCCUGCCAGCCGCAGAAGUACUACUCCCCCGAACGCUGCGGCGCCUUUCAACGCCGGAAGAGCUGUCGCGCUGCUCAUGCGUCCUCGUCCAACGAGGCGGUGCACCUGCAGCAGAGGCUCAAGAGCCUCAGCUGCGAGCUCGUGACCCUGCGCAACCGCCUGCACGUCACCGAGGCCGGUGGAGGGGCGCAGCCGCAUCAGCCGCCCCCGGUCGCGCCGCCCGCCGCAUCGGUGGCGACGUCGCCGCCGGCCCCCUCGGCGGCGCAGGAUGCCGCGGCGGCGCGGGUCGGAGCCUCGGCGGCACCGGCGUCGCAGGCGACCGCGGGCCUGGCGCCCGGAGUCGGGCCCGUCGGCGCGCCACCCGCAUCGGCCACCGCCGGCGGCGUCCCUCCUGGUGGCGCCAUCGCGGACCCCGGCCUGGGACCCGUGGGGGACGGUGGCCCCAUGUCCCACCCACCGCAGCCACUGGCCGCGCCCCACCCUGCGCUCAAGGACUCCAAGCAUGCCCUUCAGCAGGGAACAGCGGCGCAUCCUUACGUGCAAGGCGACGUGAACACCGCCAAGCUAGCGGCCUGCAAAGCGGGCGCCGUUCCACCGGCCGGAGCAGCCACGGUGCCCGCGGUGCACCACCAGGGUGCCAAAUCGUGCGCUGAGGUGCGCGACCUCAUUCACCUGCCCGGUCCGCUGACUGAGGACGCUGUGCUCAGGACGCUCCACGCGAGGUUCUUCAGCCGAGAGUACUUCACCAACGUGGGUCCCAUCCUGGUGUCGGUGAACGCGUACCAGGACACGGGCAACCCGCUGACGCUGCGCAGUGCCCACGCGGCCUCCCGGUGUCCUCAGCUGCUGCAGGUGGUGCACGAGGCGGCCAGGCAGCAGGCCGAGACCGGCUACCCGCAGGCCAUCAUCCUCAGCGGCGAGAACGGCAGCGGCAAGACGUACGCGUCGAUGGUUCUCCUGCGCCAGCUGUUCGACGUGGCCGGCGGCGGCUGCGAGACGGACGCCUUCAAGCACCUGGCGGCCGCCUUCACCGUGCUGCGCUCGCUCGGCUGCGCCAAGACGCAGCAGAACGCGCAGUCUAGUCGCAUCGGUCACUUCAUCGAGGUGCAAGUGACCGACGGUGCCCUGUACAGGACCAAGAUUCAUUGCUACUUCCUAGAUCAGACGCGGGUGGUGCGGCCGCUUCCCAACGAGAAGAACUACCACAUCUUCUACCAGAUGCUCGCCGGCCUCAACCAGGAGGAGAGGGGCAAGUUGCAUCUGGACGGGUACUCGGUGCAGAACCUCCGCUACCUGAGCCGCGGUGACGUCAGCCAGAACGAGGCGCAGGACGCCACGCGCUUUGAAGCCUGGAAGACGUGCCUGUCGGUUCUGGGCAUCCCGUUCCUGGAUGUGGUCCGCGUGCUGGCGGCCGUGCUGCUGCUGGGCAACGUGCAGUUCUCGGACUCGGACCACCACCACCAGCUGGAGCCCAAGGGCGGCGAGGUCAAGGCGGUCGCCUCUCUGCUCGGCGUCGCCAGCGGGGCGCUCUUCCAGGGACUGACGUCGCGGACGCGGUCUGUGCGCGGCCAGCUCGUCAAGACCGCCUCGGACUCCGGCACGGCGAGCCAGGUUCGCGACGCACUGGCCAAGGCCCUGUACUGCCGCACCGUGGCAACCAUCGUGCGGCGGGCCAACAGCCUCAAGCGCAUGGGAUCCACCUCGGGAACGCUCAGCUCGGACUCUAACGAGUCGGUCCACAACCACACGGACACCGGUAGCCAGCACGCGUCGACGAUCGGCUCGAGCGGCGCCAAGUCGUCCAAGUCGAUGAGCGUGCUCAACUCAGCCGUGCGUCACGCUACGGACGGAUUCAUCGGCAUCCUCGACAUGUUCGGUUUCGAGGACGUCAAGCUGAGCCAGCUGGAGCACCUGUGCAUCAACCUGUGCGCCGAGACGAUGCAGCACUUCUACAACACCCACGUGUUCAAGAGCAGCAUGGAAGCCUGUCGCGAGGAAGGCGUCCUGGCCGACCUCGAGAUCGAGUACGCCGACAACGUGCCCUGCAUCGACCUCAUCUCCUCGCUGCGCACGGGUUUGCUCAGUAUGGUGGACGUGGAGUGCUCGCUACGUGGUACGCCCGAGACCUACGUACAGAAGGUCCGCAUGCAGCACAAGACUAGUCCCAGGUUCUUCGAGGCCAAGUGUGGUAGCGCUGCGUUCGGCAUCCGGCACUAUGCGGGCAACGUGACCUACGAGGCGUCCGGAUUCCUCGAGACCAACCGAGACGUGGUUCCCGACGACGUUGUGGCCGUCUUCCACCGCAGUUCCUGCGCGUUCGGCUUCGCCACGCACCUCUUCGGCAGCGAGCUCAAGGCGCUGUUCGCCGAUGGUGUCGCUCCUCGCGGUGUCUCCUUCAGGGUGUCUCCGACAGCGCACACGGAGCUGCAAAACGGCGACGAGCCCGUGUCCACGCUAACCCAGGACUUCCACACGCGACUGGACAACCUGCUGCGGACCCUGGUCCACGCCAAGCCGCACUUUGUCCGCUGCAUACGGGCCAACAAGCACGAGCAGCCAGGCCACUUCGAGCGCACCGUGGUGAUGAAGCAGCUCAGGGCGCUGCAGGUGCUUGAGACAGUCAACCUCAUGGCUGGAGGUCUGCCACACCGGAUGCGCUUCAAGGCCUUCAACGUGCGCUACCGCCUCCUGGCACCUUUCAAGAUACUCAAGAAGACGGAGGACAAGGCAGUUGGAGAUUGCAAGCUCAUUCUGGAGUACUUCAGUCAGGCAAUUGAGAACGUCAAGCUAUCCAACGCUGCUGUCAACUGGGCUUUGGGCAAGAGACACAUCUUUCUCAGUGAGAAUGCUCGGCAGCAACUGGAGAACCUCCGCGAGGGGCGGCGGCAUGCGGCUGCCGUGCUCAUCCAGGCAGUGUGGCGUGGCUGGCACCAGCGGAUACGGUGGCCCAGCCUACGCCGGAGCCUGCAGCUGCACGGAAGGACGCCACGGGUGGCCAACAUGAGGUCACAGCCAGCAGUACCACCGGUGGGGGUCGGAAUUCAAGGCCGACCGCGACCACAGCCAAUCUCGGGAACACCGCCACCAGAGAUGGAGCGGUGUGACAACAAAACCAUCCAGCAGACCUGCUCCCUGUUUGGCCUGGAUUUGGAGAGGCCACCGCCUGUACCACCAAGCCGUCCAUACACUGUCAGUGGCAACACCAAGCUGGGCUACCCCCAGACCCGAGUGAUGAAGAUGAACUACCCUGAAGAGUCGGCGGGCGAGGUGAAGCUGCCCAAAAGUGAGACCGUGGUGGUUGUGGGCGCCUCGCCACGGCGCGGUCACCUGCUCGUCGAAUACAAAGGGCAGACAUACCACGUGCCAUACCAGUUCCUCGAGCUCAAACCAUCGCAUCCUAGCAAUCCGGCCAGCACCAGUGGCCCACCCGCAUCUGGAGUCAACAUAUGAUUCACUGCUCUUUUUAUUUGUGCAAGAACUGCCUGGUGUAGUGUUGCUCGCUUCGAUUCAGUCGUUCAACGCAGUGCGAACUGACAGCUUUUGUGCUGGAACAUUCUGGUCUCAACAGGGCCGAAGGGAACCGCUGUCUGCUCUUGACUUGCUCACGAAAGCCUGCAACCUGAAUGAGGCUCAGGUUGAUGCUUACAAGUCAUAUCAGUUUCUAAGUGACUGGCAUUAUGACCCGGUUAACUGUAGGAGGCUCAUUUGUGACCGGUGCAUUUACACUGAUGCUAACCGUAGGGAAGGUUAUUGCAGCUGUUGCUUGUGCCAGCCUAGAAGCUGGGGCUAUCCGGUGUUUCCAAGACGUUGGUGAUCCGGGGUCCUCUUGGACAAGCAGCCUCAAGUGCCUUCAAAGUCCAGCCAAUGUGAAGGCCACGGUCCAUGUGCAGCAACACUCUGAGACCUUUGAGAAGGUCAAGGUUGAUGGGAGCCCCAAGCCACCUCUCAGUUCUGCAGCAUCACACUGCUGGCAAUAAUGUCUCAGUGAACAAACUGCUCAGUGCCGCUUUUGCUGAAGACUAUAAGAGUGGUAGCCUUGAGAGUGUCACUGGUAACCCAACCAGCACUGUGCAGUCCUGCCUCAAUUGGAUUUGGUGAAAGCACCCAGCAGGCUUGGUUGAAGCAGUUGUUUACUGGGAUGUCAACUGCAUCCUGGUGGACGCUUUUGGAGUCCUUAGCUAGCAUAAAUGGUAUGCAAGCAGCAAGUUCAGUGCAUUUAUCAACCCUGGAAGUUGUGCUCUGAUCAUCUGUGACUGCGCUUGCCAAAACACACCAAAACACUCUUGUCAGAUGACAGCCCAAACAUCAGCUUGGUGAGCGAGACAGCACAGAGGCUGACCAUUGCACCUUGCUGUGGGAAAGAGCAUGGCCAUCUUGUCAACUGAAGUGCCUUGAAAACUUCUGUGAACCGUCAACUCACCGCCAAAAUAUGCAGGGUGAAGAAUGCAGGAUUGCUGCUUAGCCAGGAAGCUGCGAGUGUUCACUUGUAAAACAGAAGCAAUGGCUUUGAAUGGCCACCAUGCUUGAACUGUCAUUUCAGUGAGUGUGUACAUCAUGCCACAAAAAGUGGCCGCUGUCUUGAGGUGGUCCGUAUCCAAAUGGCAUUCAUUAAUUAGUUACUGAACAAGCUCAGUAAAAACGAAACGAAGCAAGACAGUGUUGCUCCUACUGUAUGUAUAUUACUGCUGAUAUUGAAAUGGUACUGAGUUUGCCCAUGUCAAGCGUGUUUCAGUGCAAUUUCCUAGCACACUGGAAUGCUCUGACCACUAAUUCCAGGUGAACUGAAUUUUAUGUCACACAAGUUUCAAGGAGCAGGCCAUAGCACUGCCACUGGUGAAAGUGGCAUGUACAUAGUUUUUCUGUCAGGAGCAUGAGCACUGACUUCACAUUCACUUUAGUGGUGUGCUUGAGAACAUCUUGUUUCGCCUGCGCAGAGCUGUACAGACGAUUCUGCUUGGUAACUGGAUUAACAUUGUUUUGUUUUUUUUGCUCACAGUAUGUUAUCCUAAUUGCAACACAGACCGCAAUCACUUGAAGGGCUGCGGGUGUUCCCAUAUUUCUUAUACUAUUAGAGGAACAAACUGCAGAACCAUGCCACAGUGAUGUUGUUCCCUAAUGAGUCAGUUGUCAAGAGUGAUGGUAGCAGUUGCGGGCAACUACUUAUGCGAAGGGUGCUGCCUAUUUAAGUGCUAUCCAUGCAGCAUCUUUCUAGCAGGUGCGCAGGUGUGUUAACAUGCUCAUAACCCAUCGUGUUAUUGUGUGCAUGCAGUUUUGUUCUAUAAUUGUGACAAACAAAUACUCAGGUUCUUCCAUCCCAAUGGGAGUCUUAACGUGAUGCCAUCUACUUCGUUUUUUUCUACAAGAUGUCAAUUUCUCUAUUGAAAAGCCAUACUUGGUUGGGUGAUAGCCACCACACAAAGACACUUCACAAAUGUCGCACGAAGUCGGCUGUAAGAAGUUUGACAAUGAACAUUGGUUUCACACUAUCUCGUUUGUGUUUCGAGCACAUGUGCUAAAAUGCAGUGCAACUAACCGGUUGCAAACAAUCGUCCACCGUCACUGGCAAUAUGAGAGUAUGUGCAAGCGUGUUGUCAACUACUCGAAAUGGUCGUUCACAGUUAGUGGCAACACCUAAUUAGCAUUCAUGUGCCCAGAGUGCUUUAAGUUUAAAAAUGAAAACCUGCAUGCUGAAGAUACCUCAACAGAUUCCUCCCUAACAAAUUACAUUGGCCGCCCUUUUGCCUGUAAUGUAUAAUAACUGUCAAAGUUGCAUUGACUUUAAAAGAGAUUUUCCCACUAAAUGAGAGUGAUUCUGCAAGUGCACAGAGAGGGCUGCACAGUCUGCUGCCCUAGCAGUGCCUUAGUUUGAUGCAGAUGAGGCGAUAUCGGCUAGCAGAAGACAGGCAUGAUUGAAGGCUGUGGGGAGAGGCCUUUGUCCUGCAGUGGACAUAGAUAAGCUGAAGAUGAUGAUGAUUUUGAUGCAGCAGAGCCCAACAUUAACUAUCCUAGGAUAAAGCACUUGACAAAUCAGACAUGGUUUGACACUUCUAACUACAGUAGCAGGUUUCUCCUUGAGUGGUAAUCAGAUUGUCUCGGUAGAUCACUUUUGGGGCUACUUAAAAUUCUGUGUAGUGUGAUGUCUAGUGCAACACCUUACUGGAGCGAUGGUUAUUCCAGCUCCAGCAUCAGUUUAAAAUAAAUAUCCAGGAAAGUGAUAAAUUCAGGCUAGAGCCCCUGGUUAUUCAGCAAAAUAUGUUGAACAAUACAACGUAUGAAAAUUAUGGGGGGGGAGGCUAGUCUUUAACACAAAACACAUUUCCCAGCAGGCUGUGCUAAGGUCCAUCUCCAUGCCUGUAUGUUGGCAGCCAGGAGAAGAAUCUGUACAUUGUCGGCCACAUGCUUUUAUUGUUCAGUCUAAGAGUGGACAACUGCAUACAUACACAGAAAAGGAAGAGGUGCUUUUGACAAGUGCACCAAGUGAGGCAAUUUUCUAGGGUUAACUUGCGAGUGAACAAGAAACCAGAAAACAAGUGCUUACGCAAGCGAACUGAACAGAACGAGCUCUAGAGUGGCAAGUCAGAACAGUUGCACGUCCAGUGCUCAUCCUGUCCAUUUCUUCCCAUGUGUCAACAUCUAUUUGGUUGUUUCCUGUUCAUUCACAAGUAUGUACCAACAUGCUAAGCAAAACAUUCUGCAGGUUUCUCAGAAAGAAACCUAAAAAAACUUCAUUCUGGUCUAAGGGGUCAUUUCUGGGGUGGUUGCUCUACCUUUCCAAGGAGUUUCUACUUUAUGGGCUGUUAGAGCAAAAGCUAUGCCUGUCAACACUUAAUAGCUUGCCAGCAGCCGUUUUGCACAGUUCUGUGCAAUGUCAACCACGUUGCAUGAGUUAAGUCAAUGUAAUUCAUGUGCCCGUUGCUUGAAAUUCACUUGCAGCAGUAAGUGCGCAGAGCAGCUGCUCAGGUUUCUGCACAUAUGUCUGCCAGCAGGUCUACCAUUUGCUGCAAUCAGAAGAGAUGCCACGUACACUUGUCACCUUUUACGCUGGACUGUACAGUACAGGGCUCACGGAAUGAAGCACGACAGGGAGCAUUUAGUAGAAUUGUGCAUAUAUGCAAAGUACUUGAGAGUACCAUGUAUGUCGCUUGGAAUCUGGUAACCAAAGGUGAUGUGCACUCCGCUCUAAGUGUACGCACCUAAAUUACAUCAGUAUGACAUGAACUGCAGCCUGUGGAAACGAAAGUAUGCGCAUUAAUUAGCCCUAAAUUGAUGCAUUUCCUUCCCUGGGCACUGUACCUGUGGCACUCAAAGAGACGCAGAAAGAAGUUUUCGAAAGCACAGGUUCUGCAGAAGGGUUCAUUUCGUUCAGUUCUGGCAUGAAGCCUGAAAUGAAAAAAAAAAAAAUACUGUAUAGGUUACAAGCACAAUUGCUGACAGCAACUCUCAGUUCCAGGCCUGUGCUUUGCCAAAACUGUUUUUUCUGGAGGUCCUCUGGCUCCAUAAUCUUUCGAUGCCAGCAGUACAUUGCCAACCCACACCUAUUUUCAGAACAUUCACCUGGUUCAUAGCUUUUCAUAGCCAGGUCCAACUGAUUGGCUUUGUGUCAACAAAUGUGUCUACCGUACAGUGUUGAAGUAGGGUGCACCCAAUAUGGCAGACAAGUUGUGCGUUAACAGCAACAUGCAGAAUGUUUAAUGAAAUUGAUAAUUGUCAUCUACUGAUGGCGGAUGACAGUACCAUAAAGCUACAAAAGAAACCGAAUACAGUUUUCUCAGAAAGCUUUGCAGUUGAAGAAAAAUUCAUUCUAUACUGGAGACCUGACCCUGGACUGAUGCCUUUUCAGAGUGGUCACUCCAAGACUCUGGAAACUAGAAACCAUCCGAAAAGUUGGUAGAGCAGCCACCUUGGAAAGGGAACAUUUUCAGCUGUCAAGCUUUCUAUUUGAUGAGCAUGUAUUGAGUUUUCUUUGCAGCUUAGAAUUACUUUUGAGAAGAUGCCAAUUAUUCCUUUCAUAAGAUGCACCAUGCAAGCAUUUGGCUAACAAUGGCUGGUAAAAUCAAUGUAUCGAUAUCAAAUGUUGGGAGCUACAACUUGCAGGUCAUUUUGUGCAAGUGUAGUUUCACAAAGAAUUCUAUUUUGUGUGCUUUUUUAUUUGCAUGGUUGCAUAUCUUGUUCCUUUCUGCAAUCUAUACGUAUAGAAAUGUUCGCAUGCGAAAUAUGUGAUGGGAGUGCCAAAAUAUCUGUUGAAUAUCACAAGAAGAGAAACCAUGUUCCUGUUCACUAAUGCGGUACUGUAUGUAUAUCACUGGUACACUACCUAUUAACCGUCCACUGUCUGUGAUGUCAUGUCCUGUCGCUGCUCACAUAUUGUUGGUGUCAUCAUAACUGCACUUUCUGUCAUGUGUCGUGUCUCUUCAUGAAACCAUCGUUCCGUCCACACAGCUUCUAAAAGUGUGUUAAUUAGUGAAAUUUGAAGACGCUUCAGAUCAAGAUAACAUUUUCAAAACUUUUAUGCAUUUAGACCACUUCGACUUCUGGAAAAAAAUAAGAACAAUGUUUUUUUUUUCCAUAUUUAUAUUGCUGGGGUUUCUAGCAAAAGACACUCUAUGCAUUAUAUUGGUUUCUCUCCACGAUGCAGUUGAAUCAAUACAAGUGAACUGAAACAAAUGAAGAUCAACUGUGUUCUUAUUACCUGUGCUUUGGGAUGUAACAACAGCAUUUAAAAUUAUGGGGUUUUACCUGCCAAAGCCACUUUCUGAUUAUGAGGCACGCCAUAGAGGAGGACUCAAAUUUCGACCACCUGCGGUUCUUUUACGUGCACGGGUGUUUUUGCAUUUUGCCUCCAUCGAAAUGCGGCCGCUGUGGCUGGGAUUCGAACCCACGGCCUCGUGCUCAGCAGCCCAACACCAUAGCCACCGAGCAACCACGGCGGGUGUAACAAUAGAGUUUUGGACCAUGAAGUGUAUGUGUAGUUUUUUUAACGGGACAUUUAUCGAACCCUCUGAUGUUGCUUGAGAAGAAUGCUCUUGUGAAAACCUCAACCUGUGCAGUGUGAAAGUUCAGCAGUUUCUCUCACAUGUGUGACAAGGACUAGCUGCGUACUGGCAACAUCUUUACAAGUAGACUGCGAGUGAACUGUGUAGGGCAUGGGCACAUCUGUCUGUAAGGAUGUUGCCCCACAUAAUUAACUUCUUCACUUGCUAUUCCUGUGUUUGCCGUGGCUUUCUCUAUGAAGUCUAGAUAUUUGUUUCGGUUUAGGCUCUGACCUACUUUGUCUGUUCUUUAGAAUAAUUUUCUUAUGGAAAUAAUUUUCGCAUUAUAUGAAAAUUAUUGUGCUGCCCACAAGCAAAGCCUCAAGACUGCACUGGACUCUGGUUUAUCCAGUCAUUACCUCUUUUUUUUUUUUGCUUAACGGCUGAUAAUGAAGUACUAAAACCGAUUGCACUCACUUCUUUUUCUAUUUAUAAGUAUUACAGCGCACUUUUACAUUUGGAAAUUAACUCCUUCAACAAAAUAUGACAAGCACAUCAAUGGUAGAGUGUAUAAGUGCGACUGAACAAAGACGUAGAAAGAAACAGAUGCACAAACACAGCACUUCACUUUCAGCUAUAGAUUUUAUUUUUUAUUGUACAGUUCAUCGAAAUGCACCACUGAAUGUUCUUUUUUGGUGUUACGUUUGUUUCUGCUCGCACGGUAUAUAUUUAUCGAUGCGUGCGAAAAUAAAAUCUAUAGUUGAAAGUGAAGCGCUGUGUCUGUAUUUCUGUUUCUUUCUACGUCCUCGUUCAGUCGCAUUUAUACACUCUACCAUGGACUCGAACCAACUAGCCUGCCAAUGUGUUUUAACCAAGCGCAUCAAGUAGUCCCUGAUGUCUGUCUUGUUCAUCUGAGAAGUUGAAUAUAAUGCGGUCAUUGGUAAACCUUGGCAAAUUAGCAGAGUUAAAUUUUAUUGCAACAGCUUUCAUUCAUCCGAAGUGCCAUGGUAUAACCGAACCCUGUUCGCACGCUCCUUUAGUACCAAAAGUGACGGCUGUAUAAUCGGCAAACUCUAUGACAGGCGAUACACUACUGUCACAGUAAGCUGCGUCAAAGUUCCUCGGCAGGUAAGCAAUGCGUAGAAAGCCUGCCUGAAGACAGUGGGAAUGCAUGGUGUAGCAACUCCCCAGUGCGAAAGACACAUUUUUCCCUUCUGCCAUUUGUACAUAUGCUGUUUGUCUCGUCUGACUGAAUGAACGGGUAUAGCUAUCAUACAUUGCGGUUUGUGUGUCCAUGUUCACCUUCAAAGAGGAAGGGUGACCUUGCUAAUGUUAAGCGUAUGUGUUUCAAUAAACUGCCAAUAAAUGUUG